CGUGUGGCCUACCCAGUUGCCCGUGUGAGGCAAAACGCACCGUAUCACUUAGUCGAAUUCCAGGCUUCUCACACGGCCCGAGUGGCACGGCUGUGUGUGACUUCCAUCUGCCCGUGUUUGCUCUCGGCAAAACUCGCACGGCCAAGCCACUCCUUCACACGGCCGUGUGUGUUGUCAGGGCAGGCCGUGUUUGCUCUCGCACAAUCUCACACGGCCAGAAAUAUGAGUUGCACGGCCGUGUGAUUUGUGGGUGUGCCCGUGUGGCCUCCUUUGUGACUUGCCUCGCGCCCGAUCUUCGCCCAAUCGACCCCGAGCUCGCUCCUAAACCUUCAUUCACUUGCCAGUACCUGAAAUAUCACAAACAAGCACAACCUAGCGUGAAAUCGGUCUAAAACACGAGAAACCACAUCUCAAACGGUGUAAGAACAGGGGUAAAAACAUGUGUAAUUAACGGUCUAUCAGAUAUCUUAUGUGGCGGGUUUAAUGACGUGGCGGGUCGGGUUUUGAGUAUUUUGGGGUUAAAAUUUGAUGACUGGACACUUUUGUUAGCCACAUCAGCAAAAAACUAACGUCAUUAAUGGAGACUAACAGAAGUUAACGGAGAGUGACCAAACUUGGACUGUUUUAGUAAUCUCCGUGAUCGUGAAUGGAAUUAAAUAUUUUUAGUGACUAAAUAUGAAACUUUUUAGUAAUCUGAAUGACCAAACUUAUCAUUUAACCUAAAUUAAAUUAAAAUUUUACUACAAAAAUUGGGUUGUCUUUGAGAGAAAGCAAUUUGGGAUCGAGGCCUUAAUGAGGCAGUUUCACCAGCAAUAUGAGGAGUGGGUGAGCCUUCCCAUGGAUAGAGUUGUCCCGCCUCAUAUCCACUCCAUCCGCCCAGGUGCCCCGUCUGCUGAUCUCAGGGUCGUCUGUUGCUGGGAUGGGGCUACCAGGCGGGGGGCUCCCUCGGCUGGGGUUAUGGUGCUGAUGAAUGCGGCCCGUGAAGUACUUCUGGCUAAGGGGGUCCAGUUUCCGGGCCUGGUUGAUCCAAUGGUCAUUGAAUUACUUACCCUUCGGGAGGCGAUUGACUGGUGUUUGGGUCUUGGAUUCAUAGAUGUGCGGUUUGAGGGUGAUGCCAAGGUGAUUAUUGACAAGAUUAUUUUGCAGGAGGCUAGUGAUACCCGGGUGGGAGCUAUUUUGGAAGAAGUUUUACAUUAUUUUCAGUCUCAUCCGGGGUUGGGUGUGCGAUUUAUAGGUCAGAAGAACAAUAGGGUAGCCCACAGGGUGGCUAAGAAGGCCCUUCCUUUGUCUCCAACUAUUUGUCGUGUUUUUGAUUUCCAGGCCUGGCUGCUCUCCAGGAUGUAAUUAUCUCUUCUUGAAUCAAUAUAUGAUUACCUUUUGUCAAAAAAAAAAAUUACUACAAAAUACUCUACCACUAACUUUUACACGGUCUACACUUACCCUUUCACAAAUUCAAAACCACGUGAGUAUAAGUAAAUAUUUUUUCGUUGGUUUGGUGAGUAAUAAAUUAAUAGAACGACAAUAAAUGAAAUAUUUAAAA